AUGUUGUUUGCCUCAUGCAUGGCCUGCAAGCAUUCUGUGCCAAGCUGCAACUCGAGCUGCUCCCAGGGCCAGGCAUGGCCUGCAUGGGGCUCCUCCGCGCCCUCUUCAGAGGCUAGGGCUGCAUCCUUCUCCUCCGAGUCUUCUGACGAUGAGAGGAAGUCGAAGAAGGAGCGUUUGCGCGAGCUUGUGCACAAAUUUACUGCCGAAGCCCUGAAGGGGGUCGACUGUACUGUAGUCGAGCGGAAGACGCUCGGUAGGGUCGAGGCCGUGUACAAAUUGGAUCCGUCUGUCAGCUGGUUGAAGUUUAGCAGCUCGAGUGGAACGCUACUUGCUGCUGUGCAGCUUCCGUGGAUCUCACGACUGACUUCCUUGCAGCACUUGCCUGUAUACGAGCAGGAGGACCUCCUGGGGAAAUCCAGCUCUGACGUCGGUCGCAGCAUCCUCGUGAGCUCCGGAGGAAGUCAUGCCGAUGCUGGUCGUGUUCCGCAAUCCGUCACUCUGGUAAUGAAGGAUGCCAAAGAAAUGGAGCGCUUCCUCACCUGCGUGGAGGUUCUACGACUGUAUGCUGCGAUGGAUGCGCCGAUGUGA